CCCAGAAUGCAUCGCGCGCUGACUGAUCCCGCACCACUUUCCAGUUUCCGCAAUUGCUCCAACGUGUGCUACUACCCACUGCGUGUGUUUACAUACAGCGCUGCUCCUCUGGUUUAGAGACGAACUUGCAGACAUUGCGUUUUUUUUAAUCUUCACGCAACAAUGAUGUCAAGCUGCAUCGUACCAGGAUGCAAUGCAGCGACUCAAGGAAAAGGUUGUGGAGUUAGCUAUUACCGUUUACCGAUAAACGACGCUGUGCGCUGUAAGUUGUGGCUAAAAAACAUAAACAAUCCAAUGUAUGAAGAGAAUAGUUCGAUAGAGAGCCUGAAAAACCUACGCGUUUGUAGCUUACACUUCAAACCGGAGAACUUUGAACCCUGUUUUCUCAUUGAAGAACUCAGUGAAGGUCUCGUUAAAAAGCUUAAAGAAACGGCCGUUCCUUUAAUACAGGCGUCCACGACAGACACCUCCACGGCUGCUUCAGCAGCGACAGUUGUGGGAGCAGAUCCAUCUUCCUCCCAAACCCAACUCCAAGCAAAACAAGACACUGGGGAUGUAGAAACUGCAACAGCCUCCCAGCCUUCAGAAACUCCUGAUAGUAUGGCAGAACCUGCAAGUGUGUUAGAAAGACAGAUGUCCAAAACAAAGGAGGUUGCCUGUCAGACAGAGGUGCCCCUGUGGUCUGAUUGGGCACAGUUCUGUCAGAGGUCAUUUGAGGCUCACAUCAGGAGUAAAGGCACGCAGACUACACUGUUAACCAGAGACAUUGGUGUAGGCACUGCCAGGGCUUGUGGACAAGCUUCUCAGGAAUCCACAACCAUUAAUGGAUCCUCUAAGAGGCAACGUUUGGAUUGGGAGAAGGAGGAUGAUAAUCCUUUGGAGGGAUCUGAAUCUGAACUAGCAGCCAAUACAUACAACGGAUGCCCAUCGUCUGGUUCUGAAGUUGAUUUGAAGAAAGCUCUUCACGGCUCACCCAUCAUCUCAAACCACCAGUGUCUCCAGUGUGAGGACAGGGACCAGUGGAAAAGCCAGGUCAACGGCAGCAUAUCAGCAACUUCAGAAAAACACCUGACAGAUGUUGCCCAGGCAGCAUCAACAAAUAACAACCACGGCAUCGUCACAGAUGUUCCUGAGAUCGUUGCAGUCAUUGAUGAGGAAAGAGAUGAAGUGGGUGAAACUGAUGAAUCGGGUGAUGAAUACGAUAUGGAUUCAGAUGAGGAUUGGGAUUUAAAGAAGGCCAUUGAGCUUGAUGAUGAGUACAGCGAGGAAAGUGACUACGAUAAUUCAGAUCUCGUGCGCAAUCAGCUCUGCCCAGAUUGUGGGGUGUUUUGCCAUAUGUUGCGGCGACACACCUGCGAGUACAAAAUUAAGCCCUAUUCUUGCAAUCUUUGUGGCAAGAGGUGUGUUAGUGAAAUUGCUCUAAACACUCACAACAAAAUUCACAGCGAAGGCUACGAACAUCGAUGCAAAUACUGCAAUGUUGCAUUCAAAUCAAAGAGAGAGAAGAUCAUUCAUGAGAAGAUUCACGUAAACGAUAGAAAACCCUAUAAGUGUUCUGAUUGUUCAGAAACAUUUUCCACACACAAAGGGCGCAGGACACACCAGAACAAGCAUAUACCUCGCAAACUAACAUGUGACAUCUGUGGGAUUAAAUUUGUAAGAAGCAGUGCUCUUCAAAGACACAUUCUUGUGCACACAGGAGAGAAGCCAUACAAGUGUUCAGUGUGCCAACAAAGCUUCAAACAGACGACCCACCUAACGUCUCACAUGCGCCUGCACACUGGAGAGAGACCCUACAAGUGUCAGCACUGUGACAAGUGCUUCAAUCACAACGUGAGCUUGAAGAGUCACGUCCAACGCUACCACUCAUCGAGAUCUGGACAGAAACAGAAAAAGCCAGAUGAAAGGGCAAGUCACAGUUGUGACACGCUGGAAGAUGGGGACAGGAGAGCUACACACUCUGAGCCUGACAAUGGAGAUGAAGAACUGGAUACGGAGGAGGAAGAGGUGGUGGUGGUAAGGAAGAUGUACAAGCCAAGAAAGAGAAUUACAGGUAGACCUAUAGGAAGACCAAAGAGCUUUGCAUCUGGCAAUGUAGUUCUUACAGUUCAUGCAGAGGGCACAGGAACAUACGGUAAAAAUAAAAAACUACAAAUACAGAAAACAAAGAAUAAACAACGCAGUACUGAAGAAAAUGAGAAUGAGAUCAGUGACAGCAACCAAGCCUCUAGAUCAGCACAGGAGGAAGAAAACUCAGCGAAACCAGCGAAAAGUUUGAACAGUGACUCUUAUUUUGGUCCAGAAGACACACAAAAAAAGAAACGCAGCAACCAGGUAAAUGACCUGGAUACAGAGCAGGAGGAAAGGACAAAUAGACCUAAAAGGAGAAGGAGGCGCACAAGAUAUCUAAACAGUGCCGACAGCAAACAAGCAUCUGAUUCAGCACAGGAGGAAAAAACAUGAGAGAUAAUGCGAUUAAGAGCACAGCAAAACCAAGGGGUGUGGACAAAGACUGUGAUCCUGACUCAGUAUUAUGCAAACAUAAAGAAACACAGCAACCAGAAGAGUGGUAAUGUCACAGAAAAGUAUAAGGGAAGCCAGAGAAGACAUCUAAUGGUGUAGCUUUGUAGCAGAGACAUUCAAUAAAACUGGAAGGGUUUCUAGAAAAUUGUUUAAUAGGAGACUAACUCCCAGGAAUAGUUUUUCAUUGUCACUGUGUAGUCAAUAUGGUACUACAUUAAAACAUUGAAAUGUCCUCUGGUGUAAGAUUAUAUUAACAUCUUGAUGUUAAACUGUUGUUUUUUGUUGUAAUUUUUUACCUGUAAAAAGUAAGAUAUGUUAUGGUUAGUUCAAUAAUGUGUCAAGCGAAACUAAGUUAAGAUAAUUAAGUGAAAUACAGUACCAUAAAGUGAUAUUUUAACGUUGAAAA